UCCUGCUGGCGCCCCUCCUGGGCGCCUCCCCGGCCCGGUCAGAGUCGCCCGCCACGCCACCGGGCAACAGCACCUGCGUGGGGGCGUACGUGUGCGAGAAGGGGGUCAUCCUCCCGCUGUGGCAGCCCCAGGAUCCCUCGGUGGGCGACAAGGUGGCGCGCGCCAUCGUCUACUUCGCCGCCAUGGUCUACAUGUUCCUGGGGAUGUCCAUCAUCGCCGACCGCUUCAUGGCGUCCAUCGAGGUGAUCACCUCGCAGGAGCGCGAGAUCACCAUCAAGCGGCCGAAUGGUGAGACCACCACCACUACCGUGCGGAUCUGGAACGAGACGGUGUCCAACCUCACCCUGAUGGCGCUGGGUUCCUCCGCCCCGGAGAUCCUGCUCUCCGUCAUCGAGGUGUGCGGCCACAACUUCAAGCAGGGCGUGCUAGGCCCCGCCACCAUCGUGGGCAGUGCCGCCUUCAACAUGUUCAUCAUCAUCGCCACCUGCAUUUACGUGGUGCCAGACGGCGAGAGCCGCAAGAUCAAGCACCUGCGGGUGUUUUUCGUCACCGCCAGUUGGAGCAUCUUUGCCUACAUCUGGCUGUACUUGAUCCUGGCCGUGAUUAGCCCCGGGGUGGUGGACAUCUGGGAGGGCCUGGUCACCCUCUUCUUCUUCCCGGUGUGCGUGAUGGUGGCGUGGGUGGCUGACCGCCGGCUGCUGGUCUACAAGUACGUCUACAAGAAGUACCGGGCGGACAAGAGCCGCGGCCUCAUCAUCGAGACGGUGGGCGAGAGGCCGCCCGACAAGAUGGAGCUGGAGUUGGAUGGGGCGUGCCCGGGCUCGCCGCCGCAGGAGGGAGGGCCGGACGCCGAGGGGGCUGACCGCGACCAGGAGGAGGCCGAGAGGCGGCUGAUGGCCAGGGUGCUCCGGGAGCUGCGGCAGAGGCACCCGGACAAAGACACUGAGCAGUUGGCUGAGAUGGCCAACUACCAGGUGCUGAGCCAGCAGCAGAAGAGCCGGGCCUUUUACCGCAUCCAGGCCACCCGCCGCAUGACCGGCGCCGGCAACAUCCUCAAGCGGCACGCGGCAGAGCAGGCCCGGCAAGCCCUCAGCGCCCAGGACCAGCGGCGCCACCUCCCUCACGCCCAGGGGACUGUCCGCUUCGAGCACGCCCAGUACCAGUGCUUUGAGAACUGUGGCUCGCUGCGGCUGGGGGUCACCCGCGAGGGCGGGGACCCUGACUGCACCCUGGCGGUGGACUUCCGCACCGAGGACGGCACUGCCAACGCCGGCUCCGAUUACCAGUUCACCGAGGGCACCCUGGUCUUCCAGCCGGGCGAGGUGAGGCACGAGCUGUCCGUCGGCAUCAUCGACGACGACAUCUUCGAGGAGGACGAGUACUUCCGGGUUCACAUCAGCAACCUCCGGGUCAGCCACCCAGACCGGAGGGCGGAGGAAGGGUGCCGGGUGCCCGGCGGGCACCAGGACCCGGCCUACAUCCUGGGCUCGCCCACCGUCGCCACGGUCACCAUCUUCGACGACGACCACGCCGGCGUCUUCUCCUUCGCCCAGGGCUCGCAGCGGGUCAGCGAGAGCGUGGGGGUCAUGGGGGUGGAGGUGCAGCGGACGUCGGGCGCCCGGGGCACCGUCCACCUGCCCUACCGGACGCUCGAGGGCACGGCCAAGGCUGGAGAGGACUUUGUGCAGCACAGCGGCCACCUGGUCUUCCACAACGACGAGAUCGCCCAGGUGAUUGAAAUCCAGAUCAUCGAUGAUGAGGAGUACGAGAAGAACAAGAUCUUCUUCAUUGAGCUGGGUGACCCCGUGCUGAUCGAGGGGCUCAGGAGAAGUGAGUGGCCAGUGCGGAGUCCGCUUCCCCUCCUCCCAGAACUCCCUGGAGGGUCCAACAGCACCAGCGAGAACAUGCAGGAGGGCGUCACCAAGCUGGGCUACCCGUUGCUAGGAGACAUCGUCAAGAUGGAGAUCGUCAUCGAGGAGUCCUACGAGUUCAAGAGCACGGUGGACAAACUGAUCAAGAAGACGAACCUGGCUCUUGUGGUCAGCAGCAGCAGCUGGCGGGAGCAGUUUGUUAACGCAGUGACGGUCAGCGCUGGUGAGGAUGAUGAUGAAGAUGGGCCGAUCGAGGAGAGACUGCCCUCCUGCUUCGAUUACAUCAUGCACUUCCUGACAGUUUUCUGGAAGGUUCUGUUUGCGUUUGUCCCCCCGACGGAGUACUGGAAUGGCUGGGCCUGCUUCACCGUGUCCAUCAUCCUGAUCGGGGUGCUGACCGCACUGACCGGGGACCUGGCCACUCACUUCGGCUGCACCGUGGGCCUGAGGAGCUCGGUCACUGCCAUCGUGUUCGUCGCUUUGGGCACUUCUGUACCAGACACCUUUGCCAGUCGAGUGGCUGCUAUCCAAGACCAGUAUGCCGAUGCCUCUAUUGGCAACGUCACCGGGAGCAAUGCCGUCAACGUCUUUCUGGGAAUCGGGGUGGCCUGGUCCAUCGCCGCUAUCUACUGGGCCACCAAGGGCCAGGCGUUUCAAGUGGAGCCUGGAAACCUGGCCUUCUCAGUCACCAUCUUCACCAUCUUCGCCUUCAUCGCCAUCGCCAUCCUCAUGUACCGGCGGCGACCGCAGAUCGGGGGUGAACUCGGAGGCUCGAGGGUGGGCAAGACCAUCACCUCUGGCUUCUUUGUGACUCUCUGGCUGGCCUACGUCAUCCUGUCCUCCCUGGAGGCAUACUGCCACAUCAACGGCUUCUGAGGCCCGAUUCCUGAGGCCUCGUCACCAAACAGUCCUGAGGCCUGGUCGCCUAGGAGUUCUGAGGCCUAGUCAUCUGGGAGUUCGAAGUCCUGGUCACCUAGGAGC